CUACAGGUUGGCGAAUGGACACCCGACGGCCAGAUAAACAUCACAGACCGUCAAGCUUUCUUCGACGGAGGGAAGCCCAACAUCACUCUCAAGGUCAUCACGAUUGAGGAAAAGCCUUACGUCAUGAUGCACAAGAGCUCCAACUUCUCCGGCAACGCUCGCUUCUAUGGCUACUGCAUUGACAUCCUCGAGCGCGUGGCAGGCAUGGUAGGAUUCAAUUACGAAAUCGAGGUGGAGGAGAGCGGUCGUUAUGGCAACUACAACCACACGACCGGCGAGUGGGAUGGCCUCGUUAGGGUCGUGGCUGACAAGGAAAAGCCUUACGUCAUGAUGCACAAGAGCUCCAACUUCUCCGGCAACGCUCGCUUCUAUGGCUACUGCAUUGACAUCCUCGAGCGCGUGGCAGGCAUGGUAGGAUUCAAUUACGAAAUCGAGGUGGAGGAGAGCGGUCGUUAUGGCAACUACAACCACACGACCGGCGAGUGGGAUGGCCUCGUUAGGGUCGUGGCUGACAAGAAAGCUGAUCUGGCAGUGGGUUCAAUGACGAUCAACUAUGCUCGAGAGAGUGUGAUUGAUUUUACGAAACCUUUCAUGAACCUUGGUGUCUCCAUCCUAUUCAAGGUGCCACAACGCGCGCCCCACCGCCUCUUUAGCUUCAUGAACCCUCUAGCUAUUGAAAUCUGGCUCUACAUCCUCGCUGCCUAUGUGGUUGUGUCCCUCACCAUCUACAUCGUUGCUCGCUUCUCCCCCUACGAGUGGCAGAACCCUCACCCUUGCUACGACAAUCACGAGGUUGUGGAAAAUGACUUCACUCUCGGGAACUCCUUUUGGUUUACUAUAGGGACGCUAAUGCAACAGGGAUCUGAUCUUAACCCGAAGGCCGCCUCAACCAGAAUCGUGGGCGGCAUCUGGUGGUUCUUCACGCUCAUCAUUAUAUCGUCGUACACAGCUAAUCUAGCGGCCUUCCUUACCGUCGAGAGGAUGAUCACGCCCAUUGAGAGCGCCGAGGACUUAGCUGACCAGAACGACAUAGAAUACGGGACGCUUGAGGGCGGCUCCACCAUGGCCUUCUUCAGGGACUCGAAGAUUGAGACCUACCAGAAGAUGUGGCGUUACAUGGAGAGCAAAAGGCCGUCGGUUUUCGUCCCGACCAUCGAGGAAGGAGUCAGGAGGGUACUUGAAGGAAAUUACGCCUUUCUGAUGGAGUCGACGAUGCUGGACUACACCAUCCAGAGGAAUUGCAACCUGACGCAGGUGGGCGGCCUCCUCAACUCCAACUCCUACGGGAUCGCCACGCCCAUCGGCUCCCCGUGGCGUGACAAGAUCUCCCUCGCCAUCUUGGAGUUGCAGGAAAAAGGUGUCAUUCAAAUGCUAUAUAGUAAGUGGUGGAAGAACACGGGAGACGUGUGCAACAGGGAUGAUAAGAACAAGGACUCGAAGGCCAAUGCACUCGGAGUGGAGAACAUAGGCGGUGUGUUCGUAGUCCUUCUCUGCGGCCUCGCUCUCGCCAUCGUGGUCGCCAUCUUGGAAUUUUGCUGGAACUCCCGCAAAAACGCGCAGACUGAUCGGGAAAACGGUCUUCUCCCCAUGAUCGAGUUCAGGAAAUCCUCCGUAGUGCAGUUCGACUCCCCGAGCCCCUAGCUACAACUGCAGGCGGUGACGGUGGCAGCAGCAGCGUUCAGGACACUCCCUUGCCUCCUUCAUCCGUUCGGCUACCGGCCCGGAUUCGCGCGCCUGCACUUACGCGAGCGCCAUUGUCGACGACCUCACGCAGGCGGAGGAGACUUUCCAGCGGCCGACGAGCAGCGGUGUUAUUCUUCUCGUGGUUCGUGCGGGUUUUGAGUGAAUAUCCUUUUUAUUUUUCUCUCUCCUUUUCUCUUUUCUUUUCAUCUGCAAAUUCACCUUUCCAAAUCGUCGGUGAAUCCGCCUCUGAUUUGGGAUGCAAGAACGCGACCACGAGACUUCUUGCAUAGUUGCAUCUGUUCUGGACAUCAGGAGCUGGUGAGUCGACUUGUAUAAAUACUUUCCUCUUCGUCAGACCCUCGUGAAAAUCGGUUUCCUGAACCGUCGUUGCAACAAGUGUCCUAAAACUACAAUGUGUGUCGUAUAUUGCAAUGCGCGUCCUUGUUGAAACGCAGUGAAUAGCCGUAACUAUCCAUUGAAAAACGUGCAGAAUAAGUGUGAAGUUUCUCUAUAGGAAAAUAUACGUGAGACAGGUUUGCGUGUACGAGUAAUUCUCGAGGUGUGCCACAAGAAUGUAAAAAAAAACGAAAAAGAAAA